CUUCACUUCACUACAAAAAGUGGAUGGAGAAAAAAAAUCGGUUGCCCCCUUUUUAUAAAGCGCGCCCAAUUUGAUAGUAAUAAAAAGGGGAAAUGUGAAAGCCUGUCCCGCAUGAAGCACUGCCUAAGAGUGCGUACCUAAGGUGUAGAAGCGUAUACCGCACAAGCACGGAGUAGAAUGCCACACGAUGUUUUGUCGUAGCGAGAAACUGGCGAGACAGCUGAACACACUGGGGAGGGCAGUGGCGCCCCGCAAGAGGAAGAAGGGGCAGUGGCACCUCCAUUUUGAAUACAACACAAAUGUGGGGCAAAGAUGUGCACAGAAGGAGAAGAAAAACUUUGAAGAAAUGUGGAAAGCAGUUGUUAGGCAGGAUUAUAUAAAAAGAAUUAUGAACAUCUUUGGAGAGCAGAAUAUUGCUAGUGAGCCUAACGGAGGAGGAGCUCUGGCCCCCCCCUAUCCUUGCUACUUCGUCUUGGGGCCAGAAGGCGUGGGGAAGAAGUUUUUCAUACAGAAGGCGAAGGACGUGUUUUUAAGAGGACAACCUCAUGUGGGGGGCGAGCCAAGUGGAGACCCCCCACGAGGAGCUAGCCAAAAUGGUGCUCCCCACAAGGGGCAGCUGCAUGGAGGAGAAAAAAAAAAAAUGAGCAGCAGCAGCAGCAGAAGAAGAAGAAGAAGUAUCUUUUUCGAGUACGACUUUAAAGAUGUUAACCAAAACGAAUCGGUCAUCCCCUUCUCCGUGAAGCUAUACAAAUUGGAAGAGUUCCUAAGGCACAGACUGAUGAAGGAGGUAAGCAGCGACGUGGCAAGCAGAAGGAUAAACAUGAGCCACAUUUAUGAGCAGUUCAUCCUGGGGGGAAGCACAAUCGAAGGAGAAGACCCCCUUUUUGCGAAAUUUCCAGUACUAUUCAAACAGAUGUUAAAUACCCCCCAAAUGUACGAUUAUUUGAAUGAGCAAGACAGGGAGAACAUCGGCAAGUGGAUAAGCCUGUUGGAGAGGAACAGCUACAAAUGGGAAGACUUUCGUUCCUUCUUAGCCACCCUUUUGAGGAAAUUAAAUGUAAAAUGUUUUUUAAAUGAGUUGAAUGAAUUCAGCGCGUUUUUAUAUUUUUUAAAAAUGUUGGCAGAGUGUGAGGAGUAUCAAUACUGUAUGAACAACUCGGAGGGGAUUCUGACGGAUUUCUCCAGCGGGCUAUUCCUCUACCGAUACUUUUUGUCUUUAAUUAACUUUUUGCGAAGCGCAUAUGGGUACAAUUUUUACUUCGUUUUCUAUAAUUUGAAUUGCUUCCUUUUGGGACCUCAGCCCGCGCGCAAUUUUCACUUUUUUGCCAAAUGGUGUGAAGAAAAUGUGCAGAGGCACAACGUCCCCGUCGUUUUCCACGCCAUUAAGAACAUCGAGGUGAUGAAGUUUCUCUUCGUUUUUAACAACCUGGUGGUGGGGAGGCACUUUGGAGGCGAUGGCACUGUUAGACGGGGUGCAAUCGGCGUCACUUCUAACGGCGCAGCAGGGGAGCGGGACCUCCCCCCCGACGCCCACGGCGUAUCGAAGGAGCUGCAGAACUACCACCUCAUAAGGGAACGCCUAAUCGAAAUAGACGACCUUUCCUACGAGAUGGUCAGGUGCUUAAUCAUUCCAAAUUUUGUGAAGGACGAGCAGGUGGCCAAGUGCAUUUACAACCUCAUAGGGGGGAAUGCCCACUUAGUAAAAACAGUGUGUAAGGGGUUACACGAUUUGAACAGCCAAUAUGAUGAAGAAAAAAUGAGGAAUCAAAUUGAAAUGGAAAAAAAACAAAACAUCACGUACGACAUGGAUGAAGAAGCCAAAGUCAACCUACGCAGUAAUAGCAUAGACGAAAUUUUGCAGCAUCGGAAAUUGGAGCAGCAAAAAAGGUUUUUAAAAAAUAUACAUCAGAAUGUUCUGCACAUGUUUAUCCUCGACUUUGAGAGGAAAGUACGCACCUUCUUUAGCCUCCCCAAUGUGGAGCGGCUAAAGAGGAGGGAGAAUUCCACAAAUGGGGGGGGGAGAGGACAACAUGAUGUAAGGGAAACGCCAAAGGAGGGACUAACCUACAUCCAAUUCUACUUCACCAUUUUUGAAGCUAUCAAAUAUUUUUUAAAAAAAAAAAAAAUUUUUUGUAAAAAUAUAAUCAAUCUGAAUAACCCCAUCUUGCUUGGCCUCAUUGACGUGAACAUCAUCCAGUAUAACUAUGAGCAUGGGUACCUGGAGCUGACCAACCAGCUUUAUGAGGUCCUCCUCGUGAACUACAUGAAUAUGAAGUACCGGCAAUUUCCCCUCAAGUACAGAGCCCAGUAUAACGUUAACUAUGUGCUUAACUAUAAGAUAAUUCAGCACGAGUUUAAUUUGCUGGAGUCUCAGGCGUAGCUUUUUUUUUGGUCUUCGCGGAGUGGCAGACUGGGUAAGGGGGCAUCACCCUCUGAAGGUGACCAUUGUAGCAGUGAAGCCACUCCAGGUCGUCACACCGUCCUGUUGCCCUUUUACCGCUUUACCGCUUUGCCACCGCGGCUAAUCCUCUUCGAUGAAGUGGGGAAAGCUGAUGGCCUCCUCGAUGUCC